CCGGUCACGCGCGCGCCCGCCCGCUCGAGUCCCGCGCGGACCUGGCCCGAGUCCGCCCCCGGCACGGGCUGUCCCGCGCGCCGCCAUGGAGCGCAUCGAGGGGGCGGCCGUGGGCCGCUGUGCAGACUCGCCCUACCUGCGGCCGCUCACGCUGCACUACCGCCAGAACGGCACCCAGAAGUCGUGGGACUUUGUGAAAACUCAUGACAGUGUGACCCUUCUCAUGUUCAACGCUUCCCGGAGGAGCCUGGUGUUGGUGAAGCAGUUCCGGCCAGCCGUGUAUGCUGGCGCGGUGGAGCGCCUCUUCCCCGGCUCCCUGGCCGCCGCCGACCAGGACAGGCCCCGGGAGCUGCCGGCAGCGCUGCCCGGCUCGGCCGGGGUGACCUUCGAGCUGUGCGCCGGCCUCGUGGAUCAGCCCGGGCUCUCGCUGGAGGAAGUCGCCUGCAAGGAAGCCUGGGAGGAGUGCGGCUACCGCCUGGCCCCCUCCGACCUGCGCCGGGUCGCCUCGUACAACCCCCCGCCCCCCGCAGCCCUGAGCCGUGUGGGGCCUGCUCGGGUGGCAGCUGCUGCUGACUGAUGCCUCCACUUCCUGCGGGAUUAAGCACCGGGCACUGGCGGUGGGGGCCUCGAGCGUGGGGACGGAGUUGGCCGAAGGAGACGAUCCAGGGCCUGGCGCCUCCCCGUUCAGUGUGGAAUUUCUACGUCGGAGGAUCCAGCCUCUCAGGGAGAGGGGUCUUGGUUAUGUGCAGGCACCCUCCACGGGGCCCGCUGGUGGCCACUGGGCCCUGGAGCCUUUUGGGCUGGAGGUUUGGGGGGCGGGGGGAGAAUCCAAGGGGCCUGAGCUAGGGUAGGGGCGAGCCGGGGGCAGGCGGAGGUGCCCUGGAGGGCUGGGGUCCCCCGAGGAGGUGCGUCUGAGCCGAGUCCCGGCCGAGGGGCUGCGUGGCAAAGGCAUGGGGCGGGGGGACGGCAGCCCUGGCUGCUGUGGUGCUUCAAGCCGGGCCUCUGGGCUUGGCCUGAUGCUGACUGAGGGUCCUCGGGAGCCAGGGAGGGCCCUGGGCAGUGUGUAGCCUGCUCAGCCUGUGCUCUAGAGAUGAGGAAUGGCUGUGGGGAGGCUGGCCUGGGAGGGGCUGGAACCGAGUGCUCCCCGCACCGGAGCCUGACGGCGGGCUGGACAAGCAGCAGGCUCCUGCUGCCCGUCGUGGGGCCAGGGGCUGAGCCAGGCCACUCAGCUGCCAGUCCCAGGUGACAAGGCCCGGGCCCUUGUCUGCGAUCCCCCAGCUGAGGAUGUGAUGGAGUGGAGGGAGAGGCAGUGCCCGGCCUGGCUGGGCACAUUCUUCUUGGCGCCGGUCUCCUGCACAAGCCGGCGGAAACUGGGCCUGGAAACGCCACAGACCAGCGCUUCCAUCAAAGGCGCAGGCUGUGGCUGCCGGCGGAAAUGGGCCAUCAGGAAGGGUCCAGGGAGAUAAGGGGCUGGAGGGCGGAGGAAGCAGCUGGGCGAGGUCAGUCUGCUGGGGCCCUCGCCUGGGGGGAGUGGGAUGGAAGCCCCUCCAGGUCUGCUCCCGGCUGCUCCAGGGCAGCUUCCAGGCUGUGGCCGGCAGGCCCCGCUCACCCCCUGGCCAGCCUGGGCCUCCCCGGCCUGUGGACGUCUCCCCAGAAGCCCCCGCCUUUCCUGUUCUGGAAUCUGAAUUGGCCCCUCUGUCAGCCCGUCCUCCCGGCCAGCGCUCACCACGACUGCCCGCGCCUGCCCUCCACUGGCAUUGGCCUAAAGCCCUGCCCACGCCCUGGGUGCCUGUCCUCCUCUUGGUAGCCAGCAGCCCCCUCCUGCCCCCAACCCCUGGAGAGAGGGGACUCCUUUGCACCCCUGGGGGCCUUGCCACCCCUCCCGCAACACCCCCAUGAGCCCCAGUCCUUCACCCGGUCUGGAGCUGGCAUCUUCCAGGUGCCAGCGUGGGGGUGCUCACAGACCUGGGCGGCACGGCAGGAGCCCUGGGUGCGAGUGGGGUCUGCUGUGGCAGGGAGGCCCUGGCUGAGGGCGCAGCAUGAGCUGAGGUGCAGAGCCUGCUAAUGGUCUGUGCUGCAGGGCAACCUGCCAGAGACUUGAGCGCUUGCAGGAACCCACAUUUGCAGCCUCACGGUUGCUGUGGGUCAGCGGUCUGGCCCCACCGCUCAGGGUCUCACCAGGCUGCAGUCAGGCGUCAGCCGGGCCUGAGGUCUAAGCUGAGGCUCAGGCCCGUCUUCCCAGCUAACUCGGUUGUGGCAGAACCCAGCUCUUGUGGCCUUGUGACCAAGGCCUCUGUGUCCUGGCUGGCUGUCGGCUGGGGCCUACGGUCAGCUCUUCGAGGCUGCUUGCAGGCCCUGGCCAUGUGGCGCCUCCUGCAGCCUGGCGGCUCGCUUUGGCGUCAAGACUUUCUCCACCUCCGAGCUCUAAAUCUGUGAGGAGGCCCCUGCUCGGGUCAGGCCCGCCCAGCGUCGGUUCCCUCUUGAGAAACUUCCAGCCACUGAUUAGGGCCCUUAAUUCCGUGUGUAGAACUCCUUCAUCACCUGACCCAACCUGGUCACGCUGGGAGCUAAACCAUGUUGGGAAGUCACAGCCAGCAUGUUCCCAGGUUUCCCCCAGGCUCAAGGGGAGGGCAUCUGGGAGGGCGGGGGGGGGGCCUCCUGGAGCCCUGCCUUCCCGGGGCCGGGAAGGGCAGGGGUGGCCGGUGGGGCCUGCGUGGGUAGCUCUGCACGGCGGUCUCG